AAAACCGAGUCGCUCCGGAGCCAAGGUACCGGAGAAUGAGAGAGAUACUAAAGAACCAUCAUCGAACCACUCAUUGGACCUGCCAGUCCUUUAGUUUUUAUUUCGAUUUUCUCGUCUCUCCAGGUGUGUUAUAGUAUCAGUUAAGAUGGCCACGUCCGCCAGCGCCAGCUUGAGUAAAGCCAUCAAGCAGCAGUACAUGGAGCUCCCCCAGGGAGAUAAAGUCCAGGCCAUGUACAUUUGGGUUGACGGAACGGGAGAGGGGCUCCGUUGCAAAACGAGAACUCUUGAUUUUGAGCCCAAAAGCAUCGAAGAUCUCCCUGAGUGGAACUUUGAUGGCUCCAGCACCUACCAGGCCGAGGGAUCCAACAGCGACAUGUACCUGAUCCCUGCUGCCAUGUUUCGUGAUCCUUUCCGCAGAGACCCCAACAAGCUGGUCCUGUGUGAAGUCCAGAAGUACAACCGCAAACCUGCCGAAACCAACCUGCGCAUCACAUGUAAGAAGAUGAUGGAGAUGGUGGCGGACCAGCAUCCCUGGUUUGGUAUGGAGCAGGAGUACACCAUCCUGGGCACGGACGGACAUCCUUUUGGCUGGCCGUCUAACGGUUUUCCUGGACCGCAGGGUCCAUACUACUGUGGAGUCGGCGCGGACAAAGCCUACGGCAGAGACAUCGUGGAGGCUCAUUACAGAGCAUGUUUGUAUGCCGGCGUCAACAUCGGUGGAACAAAUGCGGAAGUGAUGCCUGCCCAGUGGGAGUUUCAGAUUGGACCAUGCGAGGGGAUCGACAUGGGCGAUCAUUUGUGGGCAGCGCGCUUCAUCCUUCACCGCGUCUGCGAAGACUUUGGCGUCGUGGCCUCAUUCGACCCCAAGCCCAUCCCAGGAAACUGGAACGGAGCAGGCUGCCAUACCAACUUCAGCACAAAAGAGAUGAGGGAAGACGGUGGACUGAAAGCUAUCGAAGACGCAAUUGAGAAGCUCGGAAAGCGACACGAGUAUCAUAUACGUGCCUACGAUCCUAAGGGGGGUCUCGACAACGCUCGGCGCCUCACCGGCCGACACGAAACGUCAAACAUUCACGAGUUCUCCGCGGGCGUGGCGAACCGCGGCGCCAGCAUCCGCAUUCCCCGCUCCGUGGGCCAGGAGAAGAGGGGCUACUUCGAAGACCGCCGCCCCUCGGCCAACUGCGACCCGUACGGCGUGACCGAGGCUCUGAUUCGCACUUGUCUGCUGAACGAGGAGGGCGAAGAACCAACGGAUUACUAAGCAGCUCCCAGACUGGCUUCCACUGCCCUCCCCAAAUUUCUUUAAACUAAACUAGUACUGUAUUUUUUUUUUCCCCCCCUCUCCCACUAAGAUGAUUUUUAACUUACAAUGCUAAUGGAUUAAAGUUGGCUGGUCAACUUGAAGCAAAGGUGAUGAGAUACUUGGUAGUUAUGAGCUGGUGACGUCAGGGUAUGCCUUUCCUUGUGUCAGUAAACAGGGAUUGGCUUUUGUAACACUAUUCUUAGCCCAUGCCAUAUCAUUCCCUCUUUGUCCGUCUGGGACUAAAGCACAAGGACACCUAAGAGUAGGGCUGCUAAGGCUGGACAACAUGUGUAAAAGUAAUAAAUGUGACUAGUUCUUGUACUGUUUAAUAUGUGUUGACCUGACGAUCCAGUCCUCUAUGUUACUAAUGUUCUCAAUUUAUGAAGUGUCUGUUUUUUUUAACAUUGUUUGAUGUCCUUAAAAUUCUGGCACAUUUUUUUUGUGGUCAGCCUGUAUGGUACACUUGUAGAUGUCCCAGAUAUAAGUUGUUUAUAAAGUGGUGGAUCUUUCCAUAACGCCAUUUGUAGAGUUUCCUCAAGGAGUUUUAUCCUUUUUGUUAACUUGAGAUAUAUUGUAAUGCGCCUGAUUUGGUAAAGCAUCACGUUUACUGAACCUGGUGUUUUUUAUUGAUACAUUUAAAACAUUUAUUUUUAUCACAAA